UGAGGUUUGUUUUAUGUUAUGUUAAUUCGGAGUUCCUAAGGAGUGGUUUUUAAAAUCUGAAGAGUUUUUAUAUAGAAAUUUUACCUGUAGUGUGUGUAUUGAUUUCUUGGUGUUGAGUUCCACUGUGAAUUCUUUCAUUAUGCCUGGUGUCUUUAUUUUCUAGUCGCCUUGAAUUUAUUUGUAGGUAUUCACAGCAGAGUAUGGAUUGAUUUGUAAGAUAUCUGAGUACAAAAAACCGUACAUCAGCUUCAUAGACGGCAUAACUAUGGGUAUGGGUAUUGGCUUAUCAGGCCAUGGCCAUUACCGCGUUGUGACAGAGGUGCUGUUAUAAUUUGUUAAGUCUUUACUGAUUCUUCUGAAGUCAUUAUUGCAAAUUACAUUAUUAUAGCUAUGCCACAAAAUAGUAUUGGCUUGUUUCCUGAUGUAGGGUUUUCGUACAUAGCUGCAAACAGUCCAGGAGAUGUAUCAGUGGGGACACACUAUGUGCCAUCAAGUAACCUUUGUUCGCUAAAGGAGUCUUUGUUGGCAUCCACUCUUUCAGGGGAUCCUUACCAGGAUGUUGCAGCUACACUGUCAAAUUACAGCACCAAGCCACAUUCAGAGCCACAACUGAAGCUCCUUUUGACCUAUAUUGCUUCUGCCUUUAACGCGAACAAGUCAGUAAGUGAGAUAUUUGAGGAAUUGAAAAGCCAUCAGCAGAGUUCUGACGAAAUAGAGUACAGAAUUGCUAUUAGAGCUUCACUAAGAAAAGAUGUCGAUGAAGGUGUUCGUGCUCUUUUGGUCGACAAGGAUCAGAAUCCAAAGUGGACGCCGUCUAGUGUCAAGGAAGUUGACAUGCAGGAAGUUGAGGCUAUUUUUGAGCCAUUUGAGCCUAACAUUCCAGAAUUGAGGUAUAAGAGCUCUAAGGGGAUUUCUCUUUCAGCCAAAAUUUGAGCCAAAAAUGUAUCCAAAUAUCCAGUAAUAUUAGCACUGCAAAUGGAAUUGCAAAUAUCUAGUAAAAUUUUAAUCAACUUGAUCAUUACAAUAUUUGUCUACAUUAUUUUAAUGUCUAUAUCACAUUAUCACAUACUAGUGAUACGACACGACAAAAUCACAAGAGCUCAUAAAAAAAAAAAAAAAAAGAGUAUUGGUAGUUAGGAGUUUGGAUACUUGGUUGUCAAAGAUUUUGGGCUUCACUCUAUGGGGCCCAUGGCACGUUGCACUUUGCCUCAAUGGGCAAAUCUAAGGGAUAAAGGAUAGUAAUAGUUACUUAUAUUGUAAUUCUGUGAUCAAUUUUACCUAUUAAUCCUUUUGUAUUUCUUGGUGUUUUAUGCUUAUAUAUUAACUUCAAUCUAUUGGUAGGUAUU